UUGUUUGGUAAUCGUCCUGAUCAACCUGUGUGAGGGAGAUUUUUAACAGUCACAGUGUGAACAGUCAAAGUAAAGAUUUACAGCAGCAGCAGUUUAAUAAAAUUUAAUUUAACAAGACUGAAACAGAUGGACUGCAUGGACCAUUAAUUAAGAAUGGUAUAGGUUUCAAUUGUAAAUAGAAAGAUAAUUUGAAUGAUGGCCCCCCUCUUGGAAGAAGAAGAGAAUUAUGUACGAUUAGCUUUGUUAUUGAAAGGAGUGGCACCAAGAGCAGUCCGUACUUAUUUUGAUAGAGAAUUUCCACCUACUCAUCUACCUUCAACACUGAAUACAAACUACAACACUCUUCAGGAUUUAAAAUUAAAGAGAGUUUUGAACCAGGCUCAAUGGAAUCUGUUGUUUCCAAGAAAUGGUGUACCCGUUUCCACAACAUUUGAUGUAACAUUGAUGAUUUGCUUGAUCAGAAACCUCACAUCAGUUACUCAGCCAAUCAAUGGAUUUGACAGUUUACCACUACCAGGGGAGACAACUCCAGGACCUGAUCUAGCAAGAAUUAAAUGGUACAGGAAUAUAUUAGCUCAUCAUGAUAGUAACAAAAUGGCCACUGGUGAUUUCAAUACAGCAUGGAGUAAUAUAUCUGAUGCAGUAAGUAGACUGGGUGGUCAGCCAAUAAUAAAGGAGUGCCAAGAGUUAAAGGUUAAAAUAUUAGAUCAGUCCAAUCAAGAAAUUAUGUUGGAAAUCAAACAAUCACAGGAAAAGAUAAAAGAAUUAGGACAAACAGUGGAUAUUUUAGGGACAGAACACUUAGAAUUGACGGAAAAUCUGAGGAAGUUACAAGUUUCCCACAGUAGUUUACAGACUGAACACACGGAAGUCACAGAACUUUUGAGAGACCCAAUACCGUGGAACAUCAGAGGUCAAAUUAAAGAGGAAUUAGAAACUUGGACAGAAGAUGACAAAAUGUUUAUAAAAACAAAUGGAGCAAAGAGUGUAUUAAAAUGUAUCAAAGAAAAAGGUUGUGUUAUUGUUACCGGAAGUUCGGGAACAGGAAAAUCAUCAUUGAUGCGUCAUGUUGCUCUACGAAUGCAAAAAGGCGGCUAUGAUAUUUUACCGGUAACAAACCCUGAAAAAAUUAUCAAGUGGUACAAUCCAAGUAAGAAAAUCCUGUUUGUUAUUGAUGACUUUUGUGGAACAUAUACCAUAAAUCCUAUGAAGUUAGAAAGCUGGAAAAAUCUGAUUGAAAAAAUCAAAACAUUAAUAGACAAGAAACAAGUCAAAUUAAUCAUGUCUUGUAGACUUCAGGUUUUUAAGGAUGAAAAAAUGAAAUCUUUAUCUUUUAAUCAGUCCUGUGAAUGUAAUCUUUUGUCAGAAGAUAAACUCUUAUCAGAAACAGAAAAAAAAUCUAUUGCUGAACUUUACUUGAAAUCAAACGCCUCUAAGAUCAAGAAAUUUUAUGACAUGUUUGACUGUUUUCCUCUUUUAUGUCAAUUGUACAGCAAAAACAAAAAUCUGAUAAUGGAAGAUUUCUUUAAGAAUCCAUUUACAGUUUACAAAGAGGAGAUAGAUAAAUUACAGACAGAGGGAGCACAUGUCAAAUACUGUGCACUUGCUCUUUGUGUGAUGUUUAACAAUCGUUUAAAAGAAGAAUGGCUCACAGAAGAUGUCGAUAAAGAUAUAACAAAAAUCAUAGAGAACACAUACGAAGCUUGUAAAGUGGUAAAAGGAACAUCUCGAUUGGUAGUUCGUGAUGCGCUAGAUUCACUUACUCAUACAUUUAUCAGAAAGGAUGGUGAAGUAUACAGAACAAUACAUGACAAGCUGUUUGACUUUCUUGCUUUUUACUUUGGCAGUGUUAUGAUUUAUUGUUUAAUGAAUAAUGCUUCAAGUCGUUUUAUUCGUGAAAGGUUUGUUUUUGAAAAAAAAUACAAAAGAGAUGAAUUUUUAAUAGAUGUAUCAGAAAGAUAUCAGCAAAUGUAUAUAAAUAGAUUGAUAGAUGACUGGUUUAGAGGAAAGAUAGUAGAUGUCUUCUGUAACAUCAAUAUGGAUGAUCAAAUCUUCAGACAAAAAUUCCUUGUACAUUUAAAAGAUUUGGAAAUAUCAAAACAGAAACAAUUGGCAAGUCUAUAUAACACACUAAACAAUAGCACUGCAUUAAUUCAGAGUUGUUAUAUGGGAGAUAUUGAUCUGGUUGCAUGGUGCUUAUAUCAAUGUAACAGUAAUGUAAACCAUUGUCGUAAUGAUGGAAUAUCAUCUCUGUUCUUUGCUUGUCAGGAAGGACAUACUGAAGUAGUACAGAUGUUAAUAAACAAUAAGGCUGACAUUAAUAAGUGUAGAGAUACUGCAGCAUCACCACUGUUAGUUGCUUGUGAGAAAGGACAUACUGAAGUAGUACAGAUGUUAAUAAACAAUAAGGCUGACAUUAAUAAGUGUAGAGAUACUGGAGCAUCACCUCUGUUCUUUGCUUGUCAGGAAGGACAUACUGAAGUAGUACAGAUGUUAAUUAACAAUAAGGCUGACAUUAAUAAGUGUAGAGAUAAUGAUGGAGUAUCACCUCUGUUCAUUGCUUGUCAGAAAGGACAUACUGAAGUAGUACAUAUGUUAAUAAACAAUAAGGCUGACAUUAAUAAGUGUAAAGAUAAUGAUGGAGUAUCACCUCUGUUCAUUGCUUGUCAGAAAGGACAUACUGAAGUAGUACAUAUGUUAAUAAACAAUAAGGCUGACAUUAAUAAGUGUAGAGAUACUGGAGCAUCACCUCUGUCCAUUGCUUGUCAGAAAGGACAUACUGAAGUAGUACAGAUGUUAAUAAACAAUAAGGCUGACAUUAAUAAGUGUGCUAAUGAUGGAGUAUCACCUCUGUUCAUGGCUUGUCAGAAUGGACAUACUGAAGUAGUACAGAUGUUAAUAAACAAUAAGGCUGAUAUUAAUAAGUGUGAUAAUGAUGGAGUAUCACCUCUGUUCAUUGCUUGUCAGAAAGGACAUACUGAAGUAGUACAGAUGUUAAUAAACAAUAAGGCUGACAUUAAUAAGUGUGAUAAUGAUGGAGUAUCACCUCUGUCCUUUGCUUGUCAGAAUGGACAUACUGAAGUAGUACAGAUGUUAAUAAACAAUAAGGCUGACAUUAAUAAGUGUAGAGAUAAUGAUGGAGUAUCACCUCUGUCCUUUGCUUGUCAGAAUGGACAUACUGAAGUAGUACAGAUGUUAAUAAACAAUAAGGCUGACAUUAAUAAGUGUAUGAGAUCAGGAGUGUCCCCCAUAUGCAUAGCUUGUGAUAGAGGUUAUAUAGAGAUUGUUAAAUUGUUACUAAAACAUGAAGCAGAUUGUAACAUUAAAUGGAGAGGACUAACACCACUAGAUAUUGCUAGAAUACAAAAGCAUACCAAUAUUGUACAUUUGUUACAAAAAAUAGAAAUAAUAUAAUUAGAAGUUCGGCGAACAUGAUCAUGAUGAUAAAAUAGAUCAAUAGAACUAUUCUGCUUAUUAUAUAAUUAAACAAAAUAAACCUGCUAUCAUUAAAUAUAAUUGCUAGCUAGAAGAGAAAAUCAUACCAAUGUUGUUUGUUUGUUAAAGAGACUAAAUAGAUAAAAACUGUGAUGUGUAUAUUAAACAUCUAUCAUUUCACAGCACAUUUAACUUAUUGACCAUAAACAUUGCUAAAUGGAAAAUAACUCUCAAAAUACUUUUGUUAUGCAUUGUUAAAAACUUUCUAUGUAA